AUGAUCCGCCAUUCCCGCGAUGAUCUGCUGCCGUUUUUCCAAACAUCCACGGCGAGAUCCCACCGCUCGCCAGGAGGGGACAAUGAUGACCCCAUGCCUGCGCAGCUCCCGCGGGGAUGCAAGUGGGAUGCCCAGAAUCGGCUGAAAGAUCGCCAUGGGGCGCCGCCGGUGGCACAGGCGCAGGCGGGCGGAGCCAAUGUCAGGCUUAAUGCUUUUAAGAAGUCCAUUGAAAGCCACAAAGACAAGCGUUUCAACAACUACAGGGAGAGACGAAGCGAGUCGCAAAAGUUGAGCGAUGAACUUCGAUCCCAGGACAUUCCUGAAGAACAGCAGGAGGUCAUCAAGAAGAAUUAUGCGGCCCAGCAGGAUGCCUACUGGAGAGAUAGCCGAAAAGAGAUCACCAUCAGCGACUUCGAGCUGCUUAAGGUGAUCGGAACAGGGGCCUUUGGCAUCGUGAGACUUUGUCGCCACAAGGGGACAGGGCAGAUCCGAGCCAUGAAGCAAAUGAGCAAAAAGGAAAUGGUCUUCAAAAACCAGGUGCAGCAUGUGAAUGCCGAAAAGGAUGCUCUCAGUGUGGCCAAGGAUGACUGGGUCAUCGGCUUACACGCGACCUUCCAGGAUGACACGUACCUCUACAUGGUCAUGGAUUACCUUCCCGGGGGCGACCUGAUGACGCAUCUCAUGCGGAAGGACACCUUUAACGAGGAGGAAACGCGCUUCUACAUCGCUGAGCUGGUUGAGGCCAUUGACUACAUCCACACCAAUCUGCACUACAUCCAUCGGGACAUCAAGCCCGACAACAUCGUCUUUGACAUCGAUGGCCAUAUUCACUUGCUGGAUUUUGGCCUUUGCAAGUAUCAGCAGCCGGAGCCCGCUGCUGGAGGUGACACGGCCGUGACGCCCGAUCCUGUCAGCGGUCCAUCGAGCUUUCGCGCUCGACAUCCGCCCCGCGAGAAGAUGCAAUCCGUGGUGGGAACGCCUGACUAUAUGGGGCCGGAGGUCUAUCGGAAAGCUCCCUAUGGCAAGGAGUGCGACAUGUGGUCCGUAGGGAUCAUCAUGUUCGAGAUGCUGUUUGGCGGUCCGCCCUUCAGUGACGAACGUCAUGAUCCAUCCGUGACUUCUGCACGGGUGAUGCAUUGGCGCAGGUGGUUUAAGAUGCCUCCCGAUCCAAAUGUUGGGGAACAGGCUCGAGAUUUGCUGAAGGGGCUCAUUUGUGACCCCGAGGAUCGCCUGGCGGCGGAGCAAAUCCGGGUGCAUCCCUUCUUCCAGGGCUUGGAUUUCAAAACGCUCCGGCAGAUGUCGCCGCCCAUCAAGCCCGUGGUUAAAGGUCCCCUGGACACCUCCAACUUCGACGACUUCAGCGGCAUCGACGAGAGAUUCGCCAUCGCGAAGGAGAGACAUAAGGUGACCGGAGAUCGGACCUCCCUUGCUGCGUUCCAUGACUACAGCUACCGGCGAGACCUGGAGGCGAAGAAGCCCUCCAUCUCCGCAGCCUUGAACUCGGCCUGCGGGACAGCGGAGGCCGAAACUGUGAUGACAACUCCAGCGGCGCCGAUAGGAGUUAGCCAUCCCUAUGUGGCUCGAUCCUGUCAGAACCAUGGUGCUCAAAACAUGUAUGGUGUGGCCGGCUGGGCACCGCCCAGCUCCCGGCCGUAUGGCUACGGUGUGCCAGGGAUGAGUCCUCAGGCGUAUCUAGCAACGAAUGCCAGGCCUGUGAUGCCGGUUUCGACCGCCUUCAUGGGCACCUGUCCUGGACCCGGUAAGGCGAUGCCUGCACCUCAGAUGCCCGGCUGGCAAAGGUGA